AUGGAUGUCCCAGACUCAUGGCUCUACGAGCCCCCCAUGUCGGAGCCACCAGCACCGCAACCCGCGAUGUCGUCGUCGGCACCGAAGCCCGCCGUCGUAGAUGAGGUGCCCCCACCGCCUUUGACAGCGUCCGAGUUGGAAUGCGCUCCGUCGAGGCCCAUGACCCCGACGCCUCUCCGGGUACGCCGUCGACGAAACCACAUCCGGCACCAGCAUCCUUACCGCAACGACGGCUCCGCUCCCGUGAUGGCCUCUCAGCAGCCCAUGGAGUCGCUCGCCCGGAAAUUGAGCCAGCAAACCUUGAUAACCCGCCGAGAUCAGGGCCAGGAUUCGUCAGAGUGUAAACCCGCGGCACCCACGGCAACGCCCCUCACGGACAGCAUGCAAGGCCUUGAGCCGGGGGACACGGACACGGCCAUGGAUAUCGAUCCCGUGGAGGCCGACCUUUUUGAGCCUCUUCAGUUGCCGGUGCCUCGCAGCGUCGAGAUGAUGAGGCGGCGACGGAUGCUAUCGCGCCGCCAAAUGUCAUCCGCCAGUCGUGGAGGGGAUCUUGCUACUAAACCGACUGAGCCUCUUCCUGAGCCUAUUCAACCUUUGGAAUUCUCAUCACGCCCAACGGUGGAUCUCGCCAUGAAGCCGAUUGAGCCUGACUCACUUCCCUCAACUCGGACCAAUGCAGAUAAAGCCAUCGAGGCUCUCGACCCCAAUGAGGCUCUCAAACCCAUCGGCGCCCUUGAUUCCAUCGAGGCUCUCAAGGCCGUCGGCACUCUUAAUCCCAUCGAGGCUUUCGACCCUAUCGAGCCUCUUCUUCCACAACGCAAGACAGCGCAUUCUCGUCUCCCCCGGGCGGAGGAUUUGGGGCAUCUUCUUCCUCGCAGUAGCAUAAAUGUUGCCGACUCGAUAGAAGCUAUUGAACCCGCUGUCCCAUCACGGAAGCCCAUCAGGUCCCUCGAGGCACUCGUCAUGCGCCCACUGCCAGGCACCUGGCGAGACUAUCCACCGAUCGAAAUCGACCCGAAAGACGGCGCCACCCUACCUGACCUCGAAGCAGAUGAAGGAUUUUGUGAUGGCGCGGAUGAAUUGUCUUGGCUGAACGACGGUGGUUCGACGCUCGCGGGACCGUCAAGGCUGGUCCAAAACAACGGUGUAUUGCGCUUCAAGAGAUCGUCCGAAGCGGCUAUGCAAUGCACUGUCGUCGUGCAAAAGUCGGCGCGGAUGCGAAGGAGACGGCAGAGGAAGCAUGAGGCCAGAUCACGAGCUUCGUCAACGAUUCCCACAUCGAUCAUCGAUGGCCCCGAUUUGCCUUUACCAUAUCCCACCGAAGAGGGUCCGGCUUCCCCAAUGGACAACGGCAGCGCAGAGCGUCAUCUGGCUUACGACCGUGUUCAUUAA